AUGGCAUUAUUUUCUAAUUCAAAUACUAUAUCUGAAAUAUCCUUAACUUGUCAAAGAACAUAUAAAUCAUUGUCAAAAAAUAAUUCCGAUAAACCUAUAGGAAUUCAACAUAAAUUUGAAUGGACCGUUCUUGUUGGUAUUAUUGCCUGUCAUAUUUCAGAUACCGGAGAAUAUGAUAUGACGUGUAUUUCACUUGGAAGCGGAUUGAAAUGCCUACCACAAAGUAAACUUAGUAAAUUAGGAGAAUUGGUUCAAGAUAGUCAUGCCGAA